AUGUACGCCACGAACAGAAAUGCACCCCGCGAUGCAGGCUCCGGCCCGCAAACUGCCACCGCCUCGUUGACGAGUCCCUGGAGUCGGACGGCUGCUCGGCUUUUAGUUUUCCACGAGAUCCCGACAUGGCAGCAGGACAAUAAUUACUUGCUUUCAGGGUAUCGAGUGACUUCCGCCUCCGUCGCGACGUCAGUAGCGUCUUUGCUGUAUUUGAACAACCAGACAAUCAACACCUACUCACAUCUCCUUGGAUUGGUGGUGUUUGCUUUGCUGCCGUUCUACUUUUGCUACUGCGUAUUGCCUGUUCAGUCUAGUGCGCAGGAACAGGACGUGGUCGUCGUGUCAAUCUAUUGCUACGCCGUUGCAGUUUGCUUUCUUUUUUCCACAAUCUUUCAUUUGCUCUGGAACCAUAGCCAGAACGUGUCGCGCUUCUGCAACAAGCUCGACUACGCCGGCAUUCUCAUACUGAUGUGGGGGGCGGGUAUCCCGACGAUCUACUACGGCUUCAUCUGCAAUCCGUCGCUGCAAGUACUCUACUGGAUCAUGACCAGUAGCACAGCGCUUUGCUGCACGAUAUUUACGCUGACCCCUAGCUUCGUCACCCCUCAGUUCCAAGUCGCGCAUGUCGCUUGUCUGGAUGGGCUGGAUGGCGAUGGCCAAUCUUGUCGGCGCGUGCAUUUACGCUGCGAGAAUUCCCGAAAGAUGGUUUCCCUACACGUUUGA